AUGACUGAAGCAUUAGUGAAACCUUCGUUCAACUCUGCAUAUCUUGAGCUUAUCGGAUUAUCGGAAAAUGCUCCGUCCAGUGCUUUCUAUUCCACUAGCGAUUACUCGAAGUUGAAUACUUUAGGGCCCUCGCUUCCGAAAAGUAAAGUUCCAAUUCCAAGGUCUGGGGCGAACGAUAACUCCAGCUCUAGUUCCACAUUAUUACUCACUUUUAAGUCUAUUAAGCCCCCAUUCAAGUUCAGCACCCAGUUAUCCAAUGUACCUGACAAUUACGCUGUGUAUAAGAUAAAAAAUGACUUGAUUGAGUCGCUACAGCUAUUGAAAGAUGCGCACGUAGUUGCUUCUGAUUUAAAACUAUUGGUCAAGGGGAAAGUUAUACAAGACACUGCCAUCUUGUCGACAUUAGUGGGCCCUGGAGCCACAGAUAUCUCGUUCAUGUGUAUGGUGAGUGCUCCGAAGUCAAUACCUGCGGAACAACUGGUUGGACUGCCCACUAACGACAACUCAGAUCCAACCGAUGCCAGUCCAAACUCAAUGAAUGAUCCAACUACCAUUCUCCCUGCAACUUGGAAAAAAAUUGAACUGAUUUUGGUUGAAGAUCUUGGUAAAGAAAACGCAACAAGUGCCUUACAGAAACUACAAUCAGCUUUCAAUUAG